AUGGCUGACAUUCACCUCGCACAGCUGCAAGUUCGCGAGCCAAACACUCAGACAGCACCGCCUGCAGAACCGGACAAGGUCCAAAAGAAUGCUUCACAAGUAGGUGCAACUGGCACUGCGCGCAGUGACAUGCCUUCAGCGCCGACAACGCUUGCUCAAGAAGCGGCCGUUCCUGCAGCAGCCUUGGAUGUGAUCCUCUCGCCGCCAGUGGUCCUACAUCGCUAUGUGCGCGGCUACGAUACAAGCAUGGUAGUUGAACGGCCAGAGAGGAUUCGGGCUGUGCUCCUUGGAAUCUCUGCGGUGCUUGGAAGACUCUCAGUAGACUUGGCGCUCGGCGCCAUCCAACCCGCGAGCGGGCAGCACAGCAUUGCCGAGUCAGGCGAUUCGAGCGACGAUCUCAUCUCGGCCAUGCAACGGCUCGGCGUCAACACCAACCUACAAGCGCCCAUCGUCCGCACCUUUCUCUGUGACCGAAGCCUUACACUCGACCCACCGCACCCAGCUGUCAAGCUCGUGCACGCGCAUGAGGAUGAGGUUGUCGAUUUUCUGGAGUCCGCUCACGCGCGCGUGCACAGCAAGAAAAACAGACGAACGCAGCGCGAUGUGACGCCUCUGGCGCAGCAAAGUAGCACCGUCAAAGUGGAGGGCAGCGAAGAAGAGUCAGAGGAGGUCAAGACGGGGACUGGCUCACACGCCGAAUAUGUGCAACGCCUCAGCCGAGCCGCUCCUAGCCACGCUCCUCCGCGACCUCUCAAUAGGACGAGUCGAAGUGUCAACUCCACGCCGGCCAAAUCAGGUUCUUGCACGUCCGCAACAUCCAGUGAAAGCGACUCGGAUGAGUCGGAGUCGUUAGGAAUGCGCGCAAGCGAAGUACCGAGCAACCUCAACCAGGGCGACUUGUAUCUCUGUGGGCCAAGCGCUGCGCCCGAGACAGCAUACGCAGUGGACGACGAUCUAGGAGGGUCCGGGGAGGCAAUACGCAAAGCGCUCGGCGCUUGCGCCGAGGCUGUCGAUCGAGUAGUUCAUGCCGCAUCUGCCUUGCAUGGAGGGGAAGCACCUGUUGGCGCUAUGGCCGACCUGGUGGAGGUCAAGCCCGCGGCGGCAACCAAGACCGCGGCGACAAGACCGCCUGCGAGGCUCCCCUCUACGCGGGCUUUUCUGCUCACCCGUCCACCUGGCCAUCACUGCACUGGCAACGCUCCACAGGGUUUCUGUUGGGUCAACAAUGCCGUCGUUGCCGCUGCGCACGCUUAUUUGGAGCAUGGUAUCGACCGGGUUGCUAUCCUGGAUAUUGACCUGCAUCACGGCAAUGGCACGCAGGCGCUGGCAUGGCGUAUCAACGCAGACACGGUGCAAAGCGACUUGCGACGCAACGCGAUGAUCGCAGAGGCGCACCGCUCGCCGCGCGCUUCGUCCAAGACAAAACAACGCAAGUCAGAUGGGGCGUCCGCAACUUCGGCUGCGUCGAUGCCCUCAAUCCCACCCCGAGGCCUCAAGAUCUUCUACGGCAGCAUCCACGACAUUGAGAGCUAUCCUUGCGAGAACGGCGACGAGGGUAUGAUUGUCGCCGCUAGUACAUGCAUCGAGGACGCGCAUGGGCAGUGGAUCUGGAAUGUGCAUCUGCAAAGUUACCAAACGGAGGGGGAGUUCUUUGCGCUAUACGCAUCGCGCUAUAGCAUCCUCUUCGACAAAGCCCGGGCCUUCUUCGCCAAGACGGCGGCGGAUCCGAGGCGAACACUUGUCCUGCUGUCUACUGGCUUUGAUGCGUGCGUGCAUGAGCACGCGAGCAUGCAGCGGCACGGCAAGCACGUUCCGCCAGCGUUCUACCACCGCUUUGCGCAGGACGCGGUGGGGCUUGCGCGCGAGUGCAGCGACGGCAAGCUCAUCAGCGUGCUCGAGGGCGGCUACUCGGACCGCGCGCUGAUAAGCGCAACGAUCGCUCACAUCGCAGGCCUCAGCGUCGAUGCGCCGCUGCCGGCGGUGCAGGCGUGGUGGCAUGUGCCUGAGCUGGUUGCCCUCGAGAAGGCAGCCAAGAAACCAGCGUCCGCAGCCAGAUCUGCGGCUGUUGCAGCGGGCGGUACUGACAGCAGCAGCGCCGGAAGCUCGAAGAGAAAAGCAGCGGACAAUUCCCAACCAUGGCUGCAGCACACCAUGCAGAGCUUCAUCGCGCUCGAGGCGACUUUGCCUAGGCCACCACCGUCAGCGGCUGCGCAGCAUCACACCGGCGGCAAUGCACUAUCAGCUAUAGGUGACACGAGCGUGUUGAAGCUGUCGACGACACCGGGUACAAGAGCACUGCGGGACCGCAGCACCUUGCGGCGCAGCAAGCUCGCCGAGGCUUCCACGACAGCAGCAGUCGCAGGAGCAGCAGGACCGGUGCGGGGAUCGACGGCAAAAGGAGGAGCCUCAGCGACUAAAACAGCGGCGUCGACGCCCGUCGCGGCAACUAAGAUCGUCAAGAUUCCUGUCCCACCGGCGAGCGAUCCUGCGAAGCGCCGGCAAGUGUCGUGGGCGAGCCUCGCAGUGGAUUCUCCGCUCGGCACACCAACGCCUAUCGCUGCUGCGGGCACGGAGCACUCGAGCGCGUCCGUGCUACGAAGCACGCUCGUCGCAGGCGGAACUGGUACAGACGAGCAGCCUCACAACAAUGUUACUACAAUGCAAAGGGGGGAAGGAGGAGCAGGGUCCACGCUGCAAACUAGCGCGGCGAUGGAGGAGGCGCUGGCGCUGCAACUUGAGGGCAUGUCUUUGAAACGGGAGGCGUUGCAGUGA